CGCUCUUAAAUGUCAUUCUCCGCCCACCGGAGUUUGAACUUGCCGGCGGUAGUAGCGACUGACAGACUUUGACACAGUUCUAGCGUCCUUGAUUUGGGGAGGUUGAAGUCAAGAUUCGGCUCAUUGUACCCUCAUUUGAUAUCUGUAUUUUAGAGUAUUCUGCUUUUUUCCCCCACUUCCCCAAGAACGCGUUCCCUAGUUCCAGAUUAGCGCUUUUGCUGUGGUACUACAUCAAUAGCCUUAGUAUCCCCCUCCCACUUUCCUCUUUCCAUGUAACACUCUGGCUUUUCCUGGCCUGCACCGCGGAUAUCUCGGUGUGGGAAGAGUGAGCAGGAACGUAGUCCUCAGUGUUCCAGGAUGAAUAGGAGCCCUAGCUGGUCUGAUCAGCUUCAUGCAGUUCUCACUUCAACUGAUGAAAAUAUGGCCCGGAUUAAGCAGAGUUUGUAUCCUCUUCGCGUUUCCUCCACAGGGGACCUGGCUGACACCUGGAUUUCCCUUCAUCACUUGCCUCUUCAGCCAGAGGCUCAAGCUUCUCAGCCUUGGGCUCUAAAGUCUCCCGUUCGUGGAGAGAGACUAAGCUGCACCGAAUCUCACAGCUCAUCAUCUCUCUGGGAUGAAGUCACUAAACUCCGAUCCCAGCUUCAGUCUCAGGCUCAGGUGACUGAGGCUCUAAGGCAUGCUGUGCAGAAUUUGUUGAAGGAUCGGGAGCAGCAGAUGAACAAGAUCAGUGCUCUAGAAGCAUCACUGAAAUUGCUUCAGGAGGGCCCAAAAGGGAGAGCCCUUCUGGAGCAACGCGUGGAAGGGCUGAGAAAGGAACUUCAGGGCCUUCGGAACCAGGUUCAAGAGCUAGUCCAAAUCCAAAUGAAAACGAGACCGGAAAAGCUCAGUAGUACCAGAGGCUUCCACAAAGAGCUGCAGACUGAGCACCAGCUUUUGUGGGAAGAGUCAGAGAUUCUUCGGGAGGAACUGAAGUUGCUUCGAGACCAGCUGAGCCAGCAUCAGGAGUUAUUGCUGAAACAGAUGGCUGAUGGGCGCCAGGUUCAGGCCCGCAGCUGGAAGUCCUUGGAACACCUGCAGAGUGACCCGAAGAGCAAGGUUCAGACUUUGGAAGUUACCAAGACAGAGGCCCCUGAUGCCCAGAAGGAGGAGCCCUACCUCCUCAGGACCUCUGUUCAUGCCCAGCAAUCUAAGCUGCCUCUGGCCACCAUCUUCGCCAUGUCUCUUUCUUCAUCUAGCUCUGAAGUCAGUCUUCCAGACUGUGACCGUAGCUGGGAACUUUUAAGGAAACUAGAUAGGGAACUUCAGAACACCCUUUCUAGCCUGGAACCCAGCAGCUCUCAGUCCCAUGCCCACAGCCCUGGGCGAGAGGAUCUGUCCCUUCAGGGCCUCAAUGUCGUGCAGAGUGACCUGUAAGGACUUGUAAGAAGGAUGAGCUAGAUGAAGCGUCCACCCGAGGCAGUCUUCUCAUCCCCUCUGCUAUGUGCCCUCUUCCCUGAGGCAUCUCCCUACCAGCCAUUCUGGCUCCUCAGCUAUUUUAAAAUAAAGUGGCUUGGUGUCCCUGGUGUGUUUUCUACGUGUCUUCACCCACAUGAGAUCAAUUCUGCUGGACAUUUCCUUCUCACCUAACUGCUUCCUGUGACCUCUGCCUCUGAUUUCUGA